AUGGCUCCAGUAGCCAAUCCGCCACCUCCGCCGCGAUGGGCCGUAGAAAUGAACACCGCAGCACCUCCUCGACCUUCGAAAACAGCCAAUAUCCCCGAUCCACCGGGCUAUUCCGCCAACAAACUCAGCACAAAAUCCGAACUGAUCCCUCUUCCCUCCCAGCAACGCGCCUCCCCACAGCAGCAAUCAGCCUCUACAACCAGCGCCGCAGCUCUCCGAAAAGCCGCCGAAACCGAUGCCCUGAAGCUGAAAAAGGCCUGGGAACUCGCAUUGGCGCCCACAAAGCAACUGCCCAUGAAUGCAAUCAUGAUGUACAUGUCCGGCAACAGCUUGCAAAUCUUCAGCAUCAUGAUGGUGUUUAUGCUGUUCAAGGGUCCCAUCCAGGGUUUGCUGAACACGAACAGCGCAUUUGCGAAGUUUGAGGCGGAGAGCACAAAGGGCCAGAUGCUGGGGGUUAAGGUAGUGUUAAUGCGAUGGGAUUAUUGCCCUUGGUAUCGAUUGGACGUUAAUUUGUAUGCGCAUUUAGGACGACAAGAUCAGACUGGUUAG